GCUGUUGUGUGUGACAGAAGCAAGUAAUUGUCACGUAUUAGAUGGAAACGAUGUCCAGCGAUGUCAUUGGCUGUAGUGAAAGAUGUAGGAAUUCAAACGAGUGCAGUCGCACGAUAUCAUACGAAUUAGCCAGAUUUAGAGAAGUCGUAAGAAUCCUGACGUUUUUGCUGUUACAGUGUGUUGGAAUAUCAUAUGAAGCGGAACGCUCAUUUUCAAUGUUGAAGCUAAUAAAAAAUGAUUUGAGGAGCACCAUGGGUCAUGGCAGACUCUCAGCACUAGCCAUUCUAUCCACUGAGAAUACAAGAAGCCGCAAACUAAACACAAAGGACAUUGUGGAAGAUUUCGCCAAAAGGAAGGCCCACAGAGUGCAUCUAAAAUGAAAAUCCUGGACUCCAGAAGCUGAAAGCUGGUUUUGUAUAAUGAGGAUAAACUCAAUAUAGGCCUUCUCUUUUAAUUCAGACAUCAUUUAACAUGUUUUCUGAAUAUACAUUUAAUAAACUGUAUUACUCAUGAUGUGCAACAGCUGCAGACUAUAAUGGCCUGAUUUUAAUCACAUUCAUUCUUAAGACAUCUGCAGAUAAGCAUUCUCAGGUUCUGCGGCACAUUUUUAUUUUUUUAAUAAGCAAGCAAAAUGGAGCACUCCUUCAAAGACGGAAUUCGGACUAAUAAUGUCCAGCGACUAUGAAGAGCCUGGUCAGUCAGUAGGGAUGUUGGCUGCGGUGGAACAUGGUCCGGUCCUCUGCAGUGACUCCAACAUCCUCUGCCUCUCAUGGAAAGGGAGAGUUCCCAAGAGUGAGAAGGAGAAGCCGGUGUGCAGGAGGCGCUACUAUGAGGAGGGCUGGCUGGCCACGGGGAACGCCCGGGGUGUUGUGGGCGUGACGUUUACCUCCAGUCACUGCAGGAGAGACAGAAAUACCCCACAAAGAAUCAAUUUCAAUUUACGGGGUCAUAACAGUGAGGUUGUUCUUGUCAGGUGGAAUGAGCCGUUUCAAAAGCUUGCCACAUGUGACAUGGAGGGAGGGAUAUUUGUGUGGAUCCAAUAUGAAGGAAGAUGGUCUGUAGAGCUGGUGAAUGAUAGAGGUGCUCAGGUUAGCGACUUCACCUGGUCACAUGACGGUACACAGGCUUUAAUCGCCUACAGAGAUGGUUUCGUCCUGGUGGGCUCAGUGAGUGGUCAGAGACACUGGUCAUCUGAGAUCAAUCUGGAAAGCCAGAUCACCUGUGGAAUCUGGACCCCUGAUGACCAGCAGGUGCUGUUUGGAACCGCAGAUGGGCAAGUCAUAGUGAUGGACUGCCACGGCCGUAUGCUUGCCCAUGUUCUGCUGCAUGAAUCAGAUGGCAUAAUCAGCAUGUCCUGGAACUGCCCAAAUUUUCUGGUGGAGGACAGCACUGAGAGUGAUACAGACUCUGAUGACCUGGCCUCAGCUCAAGUGCAAAAUCUCAAACCAUUGCUCACAGUCAGCUUCAUAUCUGGAGACAUAAGUUUGAUGAACAGCUAUGAUGACCUUUCACCUAACAUUAUACGGUCAGGGCUGAAAGAUGUUGAGGUACAAUGGUGUUCUCAGGGAGACCUUCUGGCAGUGGCAGGGAUGGAACGAUACGGCCUGCCUGCUGACUCGGCCUGCGCUUCCAUAAUGAGAAAUGCCCUUGUCAAGUUUUACAAUGUCCAAGGGGAACACAUAUACACUUUAGAAACUCCAGCCCAGAGGCCCAUCACUACUAUCUGCUGGGGUCACAGGGACUCGCGGCUGUUUUUAGCCUGUGGACCAGCACUGUAUGUUGUGCGUGUGGAGCACCGUGUGGCCAGUCUGCAGCUACUGUGCCGGCAGGGCAUUGCCAGUGCUCUGAAAGAGGAGAGGGAUGUGGGAAAACUGAAUAUGCCCUCCCUACUCUGUUCGUACGUUACAACUGCAUUCAUUCCAACUAUCAAGCCGCCCAUCCCUGAUCCAAACAACAUUCGGGACUUUGUGAGCUAUCCUACAGCAGGCAAUGAAAGGCUGCACUGCACUAUGAAACGCUCAGAGGAAAACACAGAGGCAGGAGGGCCCUGUUACACCCUCUUUCUGGAACACCUGGGCGGCCUGGUUCCUAUUCUAAAGGGCCGUCGCAUCAGCAAACUGCGACCAGAGUUUGUCAUUAUGGACCCCAAAAUGGAUGGGAAAACAGAUGAGGUCUGUGUAAACGGUAUGAUCUCUUAUAUGACUGACAGCUGUAACUGCUCCGACUCCAGUGAUAUUGAGUUAAGUGAUGAGUGGGUUGGACGAAAGUCGCCAAAACUUUCCAGAGGAAACAGGUCUCCUAAGCUUCCUAGGUACUCUAAACAUAUAAGAAUUAAUAUGGAAUCACGAAAGUCUCCCAAACUUGCUCAAACAUUUCAAGAAAUGUCUAGGUCUCCUAGAUUACCAAAGAAGCCUCCAGUUCGGUCACCAAGUCUAACUCGGAGAGAAUUUCCAGUUGAUGGCUUUAGUGAGCAUAAUUACUUGGCCCAGGUCACAUCUAACAUCUGGGGAACAAAAUUUAAGAUUGUGGGCCUUGCCUCCUUUUUGCCAGCUAACUUGGGAGCUGUUAUUUAUAAAACUAGUUUGCUCCACCUGCAACCCCGUCAGAUGACGAUCUAUUUACCUGAGGUGCGUAAAAUUUCCCUGGAUUUCAUGAGUCUCCCGGUCUUCAAUCCUAAUGUGUUCAGUGAGGAUGAAGAUGAUUUACCUGUGAUGGGACCCUCUGGAGUGUCACCCGACAAUCCUCCUUGCACGGUUAAUAUUCCCAUUGCCCCAAUUCACAGCCCUGCUCAAGCCAUGUCCCCUACACAGAGUAUAGGCCUCGUUCAGUCUCUUCUAGCCAAUCAGAACAUUCAACUUGAUGUCCUUACGAAUCCCACGGCCACUGCAGUGGCGGCUGCUGCAGCAUCAACAGCAGCAGCAGCAGCUAAUGCAACAGCAUCUGAACAUAGUCAGGACACUGUGACAGCACAGUACACAGUGCCAACAAAAUACUCUACCCCUGGACAGGUGAUAUUCAACGGCCUUGAAAUGAGUAACAUUCUGAGUGGAACCCUUCCUCCUCUACCACAUCAUCUUCCACAACAAUCCCACCAACAACGGCAACAACAGCAGCAACAACAAGAUCAUCAACAAUCAAAGCAUCAGCAGCAAUUACAACCACAGCAACAGCAUCUGAAAUUUAUACAUCAAUCACAACAGCUGAAUCCACAGUCACUGCAGCAGCAGCACAUGCAACAUCAGCAGCAAUUACAAACACAGCAGCAUCAACAACAGCUGCAACAGCAGCAUCAACAGCAGCUGCAACAGCAGCAUCAACAGCAGCUGCAACAACAGCAACUGCAUCAGCAACAAAUGCAACAGCAGCAGCAACAACAAAUUCGGCAGCAAGUACAGCAGCAUCAGCAGCAAAUUCAUCAACAGCAUCAACAACAAUUCCAACAGCAGCAGCAUCAACUGCAGCUCCAGCAUGAGCAAAUGCAACAGCAGCAACAACAGAUGCAGCAGCAGCAGCAACAAAUUCGACAACAAAUUCAAGAGAUGAGGCAGCAGCAGCAACAGCUUCAGCAGCAGCAUCAACAAAUACAGCUGCAGCAUCAACAGAUGCAAAGGCAGCAUCAGCAAAUGCAGCAGCAGCUCAAAAUGCAAAUCACCCUACAGCCUCCUCCUUCAGGCUAUACUUUAUCAUUGCAUCAGUUACAGCUGAUGCCUCAAAUUCCACAUUCAGACCAGCCACUGGACAGAGAACAAGUCCUCCCUCUGAAGGUUUCCUCACGACCGCAGUCAUUCAUUGAAAUGGACACUCUUGAGGUUCAGUUGCGCAAGAUAAACCCUCCGCCACCUUAUCCAGGUACAGUGGUGUCUGCUGCAGCAGCUGUACCCACUACUGCCCCUCCAGGUCUUCUUGUAAGCAACGAGAAUGGCAAUACGCUGUCAACGGACCCAUGCUUAACUAAAGACGAAUUCUCUCUUCACCCAGUGGGCCUUCAAUACCCAACUCCACUAAGCUAUGAAAGGAUCACAACAUUUGACAGCAGCGGGAAUGUGGAGGAGGUGUGUCGCCCAAGGAGACGCCUGUUAAGAAACCAAAAUGCCUAUGGGAUGCAAGGCAUGGGCAGCUCCGCUACACUGAAAGUAACCUCUUCUGAGAACAAGAAGGUCCAGCUGCCGUAUAGUUCAGCAACCCUCAGUCGCCUCUCCGUGCCUCGAUAUUCCAUACCAAGUGGAGACCCACCACCUUAUCCUGAAACAUCCAGCCAGAUCAACACAAUCAAAAGUCCCACACAGAGGAUUGACAGCAGUCUGAUUCAUGCAACUUUGCGUCGUGAUCGAAGAGAACCCUCCCUGAAGGUUUCUCAAAUGGUGGACACAGUAAGGACUUUACCGACAAAAUCAAAAAUGAAUGGCUCCCUCACACUGUCCUAUCAGCCUAGGAUCCCCACGGCUUUGUAUACGUGCACCCAGUGUAGCAGUAAUAGCAGCAGCACGAGUGUAAGUGUAACUGGUGGUGGCACCAACAGCAGUGGAAUUGCUGGAGGAACUGUGGUGAGGCAAGAGUUUCCACCAGGCAAAGGGGCCCAGCAUAGCGCUAUAAUUGUGCACUCCAAGAGUGCAUCACCAUUAGCUUCCCAGUCCUCAUAUAACCUCCUGAGUCCCACUGACAACAAUAGAGACAGAACUGUUUAUGUGAACUCUGCCUUCACGGAAGAUGAGACGUUAAGUCAACAGUGUCAUCUUGAAAAAUCAGUGCGACAUUUGACGCUUGGGGAUGUCAAUUUGACCAUUAAACGGCCUCCACCUUACCAAUGGGACUCUUCUGCAACAGAUCAACUCUGGAUACCUCAAGAGCAAAAUAUGCUGACUGGACCUCCUCCACAUAAGCCACCACCAUUUAUACUUAGCCCACCACAGCACUUGGACAUGACCCGACUGCCUUUUGUCCUUCCAACAAAGCCUCCCCCCAGUCCAAGUUCUCUGACCCUACCUUCAGCUUAUCAGUUGUCUCUUUCACCCUUUCCAACAGUGGUAGGUCAUGGUGUACCUCAAUUGCAGCCUUUGCAGAGUCCUGCACAGCCAUGUGGUCCCAAUGAUAUGGUAAUAUCUAGUUCUUUCAGCCAACCUGACCCAACAUUAGUCCUGCCCCCAGGUUAUCCUGCUAAUAUGACCAAUCUAGGUUGUUGUACUCUGCCACCCAUGUAUCCAGGGGCUAGCUCCUGCAACAACCUUCAGCUCCAUCCAAUGAGUUUGCAUCCUUGGAGCACAUACAGCACCUGCCCUCCCUUGCCAGACCAUUCAGCCACACUCCCCAGUAAGACCCAUCAGGCCCUGGAAAAAACAGUUCUUUCUCCUCCUCCACCACCAUCGCCUCCCCCACCACCACCUCCUCUCCCUCCUCCUCCUCCACCCAUUGAACUCUUGAACCAUCAAAGCACUUCGGAGGUGGUCGCUGAAUCUGGAGAGAGCUUUCAGGAGCAGUCCUCACUAAAUGAGAGUCCAAUUCCACAGGGAGCUGAGAGGUUCAGCAAAAAGGGUUGUAAGAGGCGUGACAGUAGGGUGGAAGAGACAAACAUGUCCAGCGUCUCUGAAGGAAAAUCAAAGAAGGAGACUCGUACACUGUCAGACUUCAAUUCCCUGAUCUCCAGCCCAAGGCUCGGCAGCAGGGAGAAGAAGAAAACUAAAGGGCAGAAAGAGCCAUUGAACAAGGCCAAAAAACUGAGUAGGACCUCCAAUGAGUUCCAGGACAGCUCAGAGAGUGAACCUGAACUCUUCAUUAGUGGUGACGAGUUGAUGAACCAAAGCCAGAGCAGCAAGAAAGGAUGGAAGAGCAAGCGUAAUCUGCGAACUGCAAGUGAACUUGAGGAGAUUAAGUGCUGCAAAGCUAACGAGAGAGAGGAUCGUAGUCUUGGCAGCCAAGGCUUUGUUUACAUCAUGGCCAACAAGCAGCCAUUGUGGAAUGAAGCCACCCAAGUUUACCAGCUUGACUUUGGAGGACGGGUGACACAAGAGUCAGCCAAAAACUUUCAGAUUGAGCUUGAUGGACGACAAGUAAUGCAGUUUGGCAGAAUCGAUGGCAAUGCAUACAUCCUGGAUUUUCAGUAUCCAUUCUCAGCAGUACAGGCAUUUGCUGUGGCCUUGGCCAAUGUCACUCAAAGACUUAAAUAGAAAACCCCUCUAGCAAUCUUGGCCUUGAGAACAAAUAAAAAAUAUAUUGUUAAAAAAUUAUGUAAUGUCUCUCUGCUGCCAUAACAUGCUACCUUCUGUGUAAAACCAGUUAGUAGCUGAGGGAUCUGGUCUCUCUCAGGCACAGUGUACACAAGACGUACACAGGUUAUCUAGUUAUUUCAUGAUUUCACCUUGAUUGAUUUUAAUGUAUUUCAUUAUAUUUAGUGGUGUAAUGAAAUGUAAAACUACUUACUAAAGUCUGAGAUAGAUGUUAUAUUAUGGAUUAUUCAAUUCCUUUUUUGUAUCCCCACCUUCUUUUAUUUGUUCUUUCCUGAUAUUUUUUAGGUUCCCCACAAUCCUUUUCAUGUGACUGAUUUUUGACUGUCGUUUGUUGUCAGCAAUUCUUUGAAAAUGAGUAAAAAUAUGCUUACUGUAUGUUUGAAUGUUCACAUCCCAACGACUCACUUCCAUGAAGUGAAAUCAGAGAUAAUAUAUUCCAGUUAUAAUUAAUUUAUUAUUAUGGUUAAAAUCUUUUUUUUUUUUUUU